UCAUGGCCAUCAAAACAGUGGCAAAAAUGUUCCAACUUGCUCCGAAACUAAGUUUAAGAGGUCUUCUGUAUGUUUGAGGUUCCACUUUGGUAAUUCUGAUCCAUAACAUCCAACUGUGGCAUAUCGCACAAAUUUGUGCGUUCGUUUUAAAAUAUGACGUUUGAAUCUAUGUUUUACAGCAGUUUGAUGUAAUCUUUGGCUUGCUGAUGAGUUCUACGCAAAAGCUGAGAUCGUAUUAGCAAAAGCAAGUUCAUGCAAAGGGCAAACAUGCAAAAUCUGUGGCUAUCGUUCUCCUAAUGGAGCAAACACUACUUGUUGUGACGGUGUUUAAUUUAGAUGUACACUGAUAUUACUCAUGGCUUGCAGUUCAUGCUCCAAUACAAAAAUGUCGAGUCUAAAUGUCAACACGCCUGCGAAUGCAACGACACCUGGGGCCGUGGAUCAGCAGACGAACCCGGUGUUAUUUGAGAUUUUUGGAGAGAUCUGGAACGUGCAGGCUCGUUUGGGUCAAGGCGUUUCGGCCUCGGUGUACCGGGUAAGCUCCGACCGGACGAGUUUAGCUGCAGUGAAGGAGUUUCAGCUGGACACACAGAGUGGAGAUUACGGGUACCUCAAGGAACGAUCUGUACUGGAGAGCAUUCAGGGACAUAAAAAUAUAGUAACUCUAUAUGGAGUUUUCACCAAUCACAACCCAUUUGGUGUGGCCACUCAUUGCCUGUUGCUUGAGCUUUUGGAUGUGAGUGUAUCAGAAUUGCUAGUCAGGGCAAGCAAUCAGGGUCACUCCAUGUGGUUGAUUCAGCACUGUGCUCGUGACAUCUUGGAGGCUCUUAGCUUCCUGCACAGAGAAGGCUAUGUGCAUGCUGACCUAAAGCCCCGCAAUAUUCUCUGGAGCGCUGAUGACGAGUGCUUUAAGCUCAUUGACUUUGGCCUUAGCUUUAAAGAGGGACACCAGGAUGUGAAGUACAUUCAGACGGAUGGGUACCGGGCCCCUGAAGCUGAGCUGCAGAACUCGCUGGCCCAGGCAGGUCUGGAGGGCGACUCUGGCUGUACAACUGCUGUGGACAUUUGGAGUCUGGGCAUCAUUCUUCUGGAGAUGUUCUCAGGAAUCAAACUGAAGCAAACUGUCAAGUCUCAGAAAUGGAAGGAUAACAGUUCUGCAAUAGUAGAUCAUAUCUUUUCAAGCAAUGCUUUGGUUUACCCGGCUAUACCUGUCUAUCAUUUGAGGGAUCUGAUCAAAAGUAUGCUUCACAAUGAUCCUAAACUCAGAAGCACAGCUGAAACUGCAUUAAUCAACCCUUUCUUCAGCAUUCCCUUUGCACCGCAUAUUGAAGAUUUGGUUCUGUUGCCUAUGCCUGUCCUGAGACUAUUAAAUGUAAUAGAUGACAGUCACCUAUAUAAUGAGGACGAGUAUGAUGAUAUUAUUGGGGACAUGAAAGAAGAAUGCCAAAAGUAUGGCACUGUUAUAUCCUUACUGAUCCCAAAAGAGAAUCCCGGCAAGGGUCAGGUGUUUGUGGAGUAUGCAAAUGCCGGAGACUCCAAAGAAGCCCAGAGACAGCUGACCGGUCGAACAUUUGAUGGCAAGUUUGUGGUCGCUACAUUUUAUCCACUGAGUGCCUAUAAGAGAGGUUACUUAUACCAAACCGUGCAAUGAGAAUAGAGGCACACACCUCUAUUCACACUUCAAAAAGUGUAAAUUACUUUACAAUCAUGUGACUUCUUUUAAGCCCAUGCAAUAUGUAUCAGUCCAUUGUGCUACACUUUAUAUUUUUGUACAUGUGUCACUCAAUGCUGUUGUGAAUAUAGGCACAUAUGCAGUUUAUUUUGCGCGUGACGAGAAGUAAAGAUUUAGUGCCUGCUUUUUUAGUCAUUGAACACCACUAAAAGACAAUUUAUACUGAAAGUGUGAUCGCUGUUUGCCGACAUUCAAUUCUUAUGCUUCCAUGCUUUGUUGAUGUACUUGUUUUUUUGUUUUUUGCAGUGGAAUUGAUGCGCUGCUUUGGUUUACACAGCCUUUUAAAACCACAGAUCACUUUAGAGACUAGCUUUAUUAUUCCUUGAAUGUCACAAUUCCAGAAUGCAUAGUUUACUUCUUUUCUCUUUUUUUCCAUUGUUUAUUAGUGAUGUAGAUAUUUCCAGUAAUUAUGCACAUAUUUAUAAACUACUGGCAAAAUACACUGUCCUGCAUGCACUGUUGCGUGGUUAACCAUAGUGUUUGACUUAAUCAUGAGAGCUGUUGAACCACCGAAUGUUCAACAGCAUCAGCUCUAGAGAGAGCACAAAGUAUGACAGGGCAUGUUGCCUUGUGUUUUAGAUAAAGUACAUUUAAUUUGUUCAUUCAGGGUUGACAGUCAAGAGACAUCUAACACAAAAGCCACAACUUAUGUCUCUUCCAAAAUGUUUGUCUCUCUGAUGAUGUUUAUUGAACACAUUUUUUUUUCUAACUUGAAUUCCAAAGGUACAAUAUUAUUUUGUUCUUAUUAAACGAUUGGUUUACCCAAAAAUGAAAAUUCUCUCAUCAUUUACUCACCCAAAUUUCAUCCCAGAUGUGUUUGACUUUUCUUUCUUCUGCAGAUCACAAGCAAAGAUUUUUUUGAAGAAUAUCUCAGCUUUGUAGGUCCAUACAAUGCAAGUGAAUUUUGACCAAAACUUUAAUGCCACAACAAGCACAAAAGCAGCAUAAAAGUAAUCCAUAUUACUUUGUGGUUAAAUCCAUGACUUCAGAAGCGAUAUAAUAGGUGUGGGUGAGAAACAGAUUCAUAUUAUAGUCCUUUUUUACUAUAAAUCUCCACUUUCACUUCCGGUUCGUAUUCUUCAUGAAUAUCACCACCUACUGGGCUAGGCUGGUCAGAGGUGGAGAUUUAUAGUAAAAAAGGACUACAAAUAUUUCUCACCCACACCUAUCAUAUCACUUCUGAAGACAUGGAUUUAACCACUGUAGUCGUACAUUUUACUUUUAUGCUGCCUUUUUGGGAGCUUUGGAUUCUGUCCACCAUUCACUUGCAUUGUAUGGACCUACAGAGUUGAAAUAUUCUUCUAAAAUCAUAAUUUGUGUUCUUCAGAAGAAUUAAAGUAUUGCGCAUCUGGGAUGGUAUGAGGGUGAGUAAAUGAUGAGAGAAUUCUAAUUUUUGGAUCAGUUGGACACAGGAGUUAAGAGUGAUUCUUCUAAAAACUCUAAAGUUUUAACAUAUGUUAUGUUGUGCAAAGCAGCAUACCUUAUCAUACGUUCAUCACACACAUUUGUGAAGGAUAGGGAGGAAAUAAUUCAGUCUAUCUUCCGUUGGCUGGACUGCAACUGUGAAUACUAGUGUGCUAACACGUGGAUAUAUAUGCUGUUUUUAUAACUCCCAAAACCCACAGGCUAAGAUAGCACAAGUGAGAAUAGCACCAUUUGAUACUAUACAAGAAACGUAUUUAGCUUUUGUUAGCUAAUUCUUUCCACUGACAUGUUACAGUCAUUUGUUGUAUUCGUUCAUACUUUCUAUAUAAUGAUGAUAUGUGAUUUUACAAUCGUAGCACUAUUUAAAGGCUUUUCCAGUUGUGGUAGGUCCUGGGGCUGUUGUGUUUUCCUCUUAGUUUUGUCUAUGAUUAAUUGCAUGACAUUUAGGCUCUUUAAAGCUUUAAAGCUAAAAAAAAUACCACAGUAAUUCAACAGAGUAUUGGUGUUUAAAGGACUUAAUGAGUGCUGUCUGAUGGUUUGCCAGUCUUCCAAAGUUUUAUUUUUUUUGUAUUCUGAGCUAUCGUCCAAACUGCAUAUCCAUUCUCUUCUCUAUCCUGCAGUCUAAAAACAUUAUAUUCAGUUUUGACGCUGUGAGAAAUUAUAAGUAUACAAGGCAAUGGAAGGAAAGAUCAGGCUGUUUUUCUAGAUUCCAGUGUUUAAAAUAAUUUGAAAUUUAAAGGGAUAGUUCACCCCAAAAUGAAAAUUCUGUCAUCAUUUGUUGUUCCAACCUUGUAUGACUUUCAUUCUUCAAUGAAACAUAAGAACAUUUGAAGAAUGUUUGUUUUUUUCAUACAGUGAAAGUGAUUGGCAACUGAGGCUGUCAAUCCCUAACAUGUCCUUUUGUGUUCCAUGGAACAAAGUCACAUUUCGUACAACACAAGUAUGCAUAAGUGAUGACAGAAUUUUUAUUUUUGGGUGAACUGUUGCUUUCAAAACUACUGUUAUAAACACAUUGCCCUCUUAUUUGUUUUCUUGCUAGAUGAGGUUUCUCACAUGGACAAUAGAUGCCAUUGUUGCCAUAGAUUGCCUCUUUUUUUUUUUUGGCAGUGUUGUAGGAUUUUUAUCAUAGAGAAAGGGCACUUUUGUUAAUCUGACAGUCUUGUCAGUAGAGAUUUGGGAAAUUGACAGUUUUAAAAUUCAAGCUCUGAGCCUUUAGAAAAAUAGAACCAAAUGUUAUUUGAAGGAUGUUAGAGAACCAGCUGCCCAGGUGGAGUUUGGCAGGUUAUUCCGCCAGUGAGGAACGAUUGAAGUGAAUGUCCUGGACAGUGAUUUGUUUUGCUUCUUUGAGACGGCACUAUGGAGCACCACAAACUUCUGGAGGGCACGUAGACCUGAAAUAGUAAGUGUAGAUAAGGGGGUGCAGAGCCAGGAGUUGUGUCGCAUGCUCAGAUAGGAAGGGCUAGAUUUUUCUGAUGUUGUAUAGAGCAAAUCUGUACGAUUGGGCAGUCCUUCUGAUGUGGUCCAUGAAGUUUGAUCUGAUUGUCAAACACAACCCCAAGAUUUCUGGCUGUCAUUGAUGGUGUGAUCGUUGACGAGUCUAGUUGAAUAGUGAAAUUGUGGUGAACAGCUGGGCACGAUGGAAUCACAAGAAGCUCGGUUUUAGCUAGGCUGAGUUGGAGGUGAUGUUCUUUCAUCAAAUACGAGAUGUCUACCAGGUAUGCUGAGAUCUGUGCAGCUACCAUAGGAUCAUCAUGCUGGAAUGAGAGGUAGAGUUGUGUCAUAAGCAUAGCAAUGAGAGGAAAAGCCAUGUGCCUGAAUGACAGAACCCAGAGAUGACAUUUAUAUGGAGAAGAGGAGGGGACAAAAUACUGAACCCUGGGGUACCCCAGUAGCUAGUUGGUGAGACUUAGACACCAUUCUCCUGAAGAUACCCUGAUGGACCUACCUGUGAGAUAAGACUCAAACCAACAGAGCAAAGUUCUGUGAUGCAAUUGACGUGAUGUUAAACAGGAGAAUCUGGUGGUUUGCAGUGUCAAAUGCAGCAGACAGAUCUAGCAGAAAGAGAACAGACAAUUUAGAUGAACCUCUUGCCAGUCUUAGAACUUCGGUAACGGACAGCAGGGCAGUUUCAGUUGAGUGCCCGCUUUUGAAGCCAGACUUAUUGCUGUCUAGCAGGUUGUUCUUUUAGAGAAAAGAUGAGACUUGGUUGAACACGAUUCCUUUGAGUGUCUUCACUUUGAAUGGGAGGAGAGAGACAGGUCUUUCGUUUUCUAAAAGUGCAGGAUUUAGUGUGUUUUUCUUAAUCAGUGGUGUUAACACUGGAAGUAGAAUUAUAUUUUUGGGUUUUGAACUGUUAUGAUUAUGUGAAUACUGUGUAGUUCUGAUGUGAGUCGAGAAAUGUGCUCACAUUCAUCAGGUAAAGAAGUUUGAGAAAGGGAGGCUUAUGGAGUUCUAGAAAAACUAUUUCAAGAAGAGCCUAGUUUGACAAUCCAGUUGAUGUGAAGACUUCUCAACAUGGGGCAUCAUAUACCUGGGGUGAAGUCUCUCCAACAGAUAAUGAAAAUAUUAAUAUCUCAGCAGGAGAUGCAGAAUUGUGACUUUUACAAAGACACUGAGAAUAGCAAAACAACAUUAGUAAAAUCCAAAAUAAAAUUCCAAAUGUAUUACACUAUUUCUGGGAUGAAGCCCUACAAAACAUUUAAAGUGACAGAAGGAAUAUUUGUAUCCUUGAGCAAAAUCAUCAAAGCCACUCAAAUACAGCCUCAAGGCCCCUCUAACAUUUUCAGGGAUUUCACAUUUAAAAAGCACAGAGCUCCCCCAUACAGCAUUACAUACUGUCAGAAAUAAUUUCAUGCUGCCUUACAUUUAUCUUUUUAUUUUGGUUGUAUGCUGUUAAAAUAUCACAGUCAUUAAAUGCUUGUCUGUGAGAAAAGUGCCAAAAAUUGUUACUAAGUUUUUCAGAGCCUUCAUUUUUUCCCCCACCAGCAACCCUGGAGAAAUACCCAAGCCAUAUAUGAUUUUAUGUUUCAGAAAUGCCUUUUGUAAACAGCCAGUCAUGGCAAAAUUUGUGUAGGAUACACUGAAACAUUUUAAAGUAAGUGGACAGACAUCCUAAAAACAGAGUGCCAGAAUUCGCUUGCAUUUGAAGUGCGUAAUGGGCCUCCUAAGGGAAAACCCUACAGGUUGUAACCACAGAUAGGCAUGGGAGUGACAUGCUCUUUGGGUCUUAAUAUCCUGAGUAAGGCUGGAGAAGAAAUAUGGCAGUUUGUUUAGAGAUUUGUUAGAGAAGUUGGAGUCCUUACAGGUUUUUGAGGUCAUGAGUAGAUCUGGGCUAUCUGGCUUAAUGAAGUUCCUGUUUGUUUUCAUGUCCCCAUUAUUUGUCUUAUAUGUGUGUGUGUGUGUGUGUGUGUGUGUGUGUGUGUGUGUGUGUGUGUGUGUGUAUUAUACGCGCACACCAUUUUUAAAGAUGUGAAUCAUGUUAGUUAGCUUACUUUAAUCAUAAUAGCACAUUUGUAGGGAUAGUUCACCCAAACAUUUAAAUUCUGUCAUCAUUUACUCACCCUCAUUUUGUCUUUUGUGUUCCAUGAAAUAAAGAAAGUCAUACAGGUUAGGAGCAACAGGAGAGCAUUUAGAGUGAACUACACCUCUUAAGUGAACAAGGGGUGCAUUUUAAAUAAUUUCACUCCUGUGGUAAUGGCAGAUGUUGCCAAGUUACAGAGAUCAGAGGGUACUGUAUAACGAGCCAACUGACAGGUAAUUCUGAUCAGGAAUGGAGAAAAUGGAGGCAAACAUCUCUUGCCCUAUUCCUUUAUGAUUAUGACUUUUGAUCAUUUUCUCACCAAAGACCCAAAAGCUGUUAAAACAUGUACUGGCUUAAUCUGCUACAUUAUUGGUCUCAAUAGAGCUAGAUGGAUGGAAAUAAAUCAUAUACUAGCUCCUGAUAGAAUGCAUAUGCCUGCCAAGAAUAAUUUUUGACAGUAUAGUCAUUUAAUGAGGACAUGUGAACUUAAUGGGGCAGUAAGGACAUAGGGUACCAUGAAUCAUGUAUGGAUAUGAAAAUAUGAGAGUUAUAGUUCUGAAACUGUAUUUGGGCUUUGCUAAGGAGUUUUGAGGAACAAAAAAUCCAUUAAAAUAAUACUGACUCUGGAAAAAAGCACACUGUGUAAUGAACAGGCUUCACACACAACAUGUGAGAAGUUGGCAGAAAUUGUGUUCACAUGCAGUACAUUGACAUUAGUGCAUUAUAGUGAAAAGUGCCAGAUCUGCAAGGUUUGUAGUAUGAAAGCAGUAAGAAAAAUGUGAAUACUGACAUGUUUCCAAAUGAUUUAUAUUUCAGUGAUAUAUGAUGUUUCUCUUUAAAACAUAUUUUUGUUCUAUUCAUGUUGAGGCUUUGCCAAUGAUUUAAUUGUUAAUGAAAUUAUGGAACAUUAACAGUGAAAAGGCCUUACUAAAUACUAAAGCAUUACAGUGUUUACAUAAAUCCAUAGAGGUCAAAAAAUAGAUUUUCUAUGAUCUUUGAUCUGUUGAGGUUAAAUUGUUAGGGUACAAGACUCACUUUGCACUUGGCUACAAGUAAUGUACUAAAAUAAAUAAUGCCUUUAAUAUGCACAUGGUUUAAAUGCAAUAAUACCCAUUAGUGGGGUGCAACUGCUGUUGCCCUUUUUUACUAGAAGUAAUGGCCUAUAGCUCACAGUUCUUCAUUAUCUUCCAUGUUUUUAUGUAUGGCCUGCCCAAUUUUCUGUUUCUUAUGCAAGCCUGUGACAGAGAUGUAAUUGGGUGAAUCUGUUAGAAGCUCUGAAAUCUAGCUUUGAGUGUUAUUUGUGUUAUUGUGUGUGGAACAAUUUCGUAUUUGUAAAAUGUGAGUUGAUGGUACACUAAAGAUCAUGGGAGACUAUUACUUUCAGAGCUCUGUAAGGACUAUGUUAAUGUUUCUCACAAUAAAAUGUUUAUGU